AUGGUCCAAGGAUAUUGCAUAGAUGUGUUUCUUGCUGCAAUAAAGUUGCUUCCUUAUGCAGUUCCUUAUAAGUUCAUUCUUUUUGGAGAUGGUCACAAGAAUCCCAACUACGCUGAGCUUGUGAAUAUGAUCACAUCCAAUGUGUUUGAUGCUGCCGUUGGUGACAUUGCUAUUGUUACGAACCGUACAAAGAUUGUGGAUUUUACUCAGCCUUAUGCUGAGUCAGGGCUAGUCAUUGUAGCCCCAGUCAAGAAGUUAAGGUCGAAUGCUUGGGCUUUCUUGCGCCCAUUCACUCCACUAAUGUGGGGAGUCACGGCAGCUUUUUUCCUGACAGUGGGAGUAGUGGUGUGGAUUCUGGAACAUAGAAUAAAUGAUGAGUUUCGAGGGCCUCCUAAGAAACAAAUUAUCACAAUUUUGUGGUUUAGCUUCUCAACUAUGUUUUUCUCCCACAGAGAAAACACAGUCAGCACGCUCGGUCGUUUGGUUCUAAUUAUCUGGCUCUUUGUGGUUUUGAUAAUUAAUUCAAGCUAUACUGCAAGCCUGACAUCAAUCCUUACGGUGCAACAACUCUCCUCACCUGUCAAAGGAAUUGAUUCGUUGAUAACAAGCAAUGAGCCUAUUGGAUACCAAAUAGGUUCAUUUGCUGAAAACUACUUGAUUGAAGAACUCAAUGUUGCUAAAUCCAGGCUUAUUGCUCUUGGCUCACCAGAAGCAUACCGUACUGCCCUGGAGAAAGGGACUGUUGCAGCUGUGGUUGAUGAGCGUCCAUAUGUUGAAAUCUUCCUUUCAGACUACUGCAGGUUCCAGAUUGUUGGCCAAGAGUUCACAAAGAGUGGGUGGGGAUUUGCAUUUCCAAGAGACUCCCCAUUAGCAAUUGACAUGUCAACUGCCAUUCUAACAUUGUCAGAGAACGGUGAUCUUCAGAAGAUUCAUGACAAGUGGCUGAACAAAAGAGGUUGUGGUUCACAAAGUUCUCAGAAUCAAUCGGACCAACUCCAGUUACAGAGUUUUUGGGGGUUAUUCCUCAUCUGUGGAAUUGCUUGCCUCCUUGCUCUCAUUAUUUAUCUGUGCUUAAUGUUACGUCAGUUCAGCCAACAUUACACUGACUCAUCGGAACCUUCUAGGCAUGGCAGUUCACGUUCCGCACGCCUCCAAAAAUUCUUAUCAUUUGCGGAUGAGAGGGAAGAGAUAUGGAAAAGUGAGUCCAAGAGAAAACGCAUGGAAAUGCUAUCAAGAGCUAAUGAAAGAGAACUUGAAUCAAUGGAUGGAUCCAAGAGAGUUGCAGACAUUUGCCAUGAGAAGUAUAAUGUGGAUACCUAG